AUGGUCAACGCUCGCAACAACGCCAAGAGCUGGAGCAUGAGCUCCUUCUUCAUGGGCCUCCUCCCAUUCACCAGCACUGCCUCGGCGGCUUGCCUGGUCGAGGAGCGUGCCAUCUGCGAGGGUAUCGCCGCCGCGGCCCGCGCGGCCCCAGACCACGUUGUGCACGGGCGCUCGGCCCCGAUCCAGGUGCGCCUGCCCAUCUGCGCGCGCGACAAGCUCGACGGGCGCGCCCUGGACAAGGUGUACGAAGGUGUCGACAUCCGCCUGCGCGCCGAGAACAUGUCGCACGGUGGUUGA